GCAGAACAAGCAGUGAUCAUAACUCUCUCUCAAAAAAAAAAAAAAAGAAUGCCCUUCCCGCCUCGUCCGUAACAACCUCCCGGAACUACCAGCUUACCCCACCCGCACCGAGGAAUCCAUGGACGCUAGCCUCCGCACGCUGUCUCCGGCCAGCUUCCCCGGCGAGGUCCGCUCCGCCGUAUCCUCCCUGCUCCUCUCCCCCGGCGCCAGCGCCAUCGACACCGUCUUCUCCCACCUCCCUCCGCCGGCCACCAUCCCGCCGCUCGGCUCCAGCGUCUACUACCGCCAGUGCGAGCUCCUCCGCCACUUCGCUGCGUCGCAGCCACCGAGCGCCGCCUCAUCGUCGUCCGCCGCGAGUUUUCAGUCGUCGGACUACGCGGCGGCCCUGCUGCGGCAGAAGCUGUACCGCGGCGUGCGGCAGCGGCAGUGGGGCAAGUGGGUGGCCGAAAUCCGGCUGCCGCAGAACCGGGUGCGCGUGUGGCUCGGCACCUAUGACUCCCCCGAGACCGCCGCGUACGCGUACGACCGCGCCGCGUACAAGCUCCGCGGCGAGUACGCGCGCCUCAACUUCCCCGGCGUCAUGGACGGCCCCGACUGCCCCGAGAACCUGCGGCAGCUCCGCGCCGCCGUGGACUCCAAGAUCCAGGCCAUCCGCGCCCGCCUGGCGCGCAAGCGCGCGCGCGCCCGCAAGCAGCGCGAGGAGAGCGCUCGCUCCGAGGGCGACAAGGCCGCGCGCCCGGUCGUCUCGGAGGGCGCCGCGACGACGUCCGAGACGAUUACGACGCCGUACGGUUCACCGGAUGGGGUGCUGUCCGUGAGCGCGGCCUCAGCCGACGACGAGUGCCCGCUGGAGCGGAUGCCGUCGUUCGAUCCGGAGUUGAUCUGGGAGAUGCUUAAAUUCUAGCAGACUAGAUGGUGAACGGAGCCAUGGACAGCAAGACCAUCCAACAUCAAGGUCCUUGCAAGGACAUGGUCGCAGUGUGUGAGCUCUUAGAGGAGUUUGCAUUCAGGUGCUGGAUUUUUUAUUUGCGAUCAUAUAGCCUAUUAUCAGUAAAAGGAUCAUAUAAACAAUAAAAUGCCCAAGAAAAUUGGGCGUCCUAGCCACUAGUACUACUGACGAGUAGCCGGAUACUCGACCUGUCGUGCGUUUUCGCAUCGGUCGGCAAGCUGUAUCAACUAAUUGCUGAAUUUCUAGCUCUGCAUAA